AUGGAUAUGUCUGUCAUUUUCUGUAUUGUGAUUCUCACAACCUCUUUAAAUAUUAUACAUGCGAAGAAAUAUGACCCAUCAAAUUGCGAAGUGUGCAUAAAGUUCGUCGGCUCCUUCAUCCAGUCACUUGAGCCUAGUGAUUUCAAUUCACCAGCGAAAAUCAGAGAUGCAUUCAUGAAAAGGUGUGAAUCUUCAGUUGGAAAGGACAAUAGUUUCUGUUAUUACGUUGGCGGCCUUAAAACAUCCGCGGCGAAUAUUCUUAAUAGUCUAGUUGACCCAAUUUCAUGGAAGAUGCCUGUGGAAAAGGUUUGUGAAAAGCUGUUCAAAAUAGACUCUCAAAUCUGUGAUCUUAGAUACGAAAAAGUCAUAGAUUUUAAGGAGUUCAACUUUGAAAAGUCCAAAGUGAAGGAUCUUAAGAAGAUCAUAGAGAGAUGGGGGCUAGAAUGUCGUGGUUGUACUGAAAAAAGAGAUUAUAUCAGCUUGAUUAAAAGUAAUAUGCACAAGCAUGAUCCUGAAGCAGCAGCUUAUCUACAAGCAAGGGGGGAGCUUUGA